AAUCUGUUCUGAGUUUGUGUUCUCGCGCCAAACGGCAGCAUUUUCCAAACACAAAAAAUGUAAAUAAGCCGUUGCCGGCCGCCUCCGAACGUAAGACUGUUACAGCUCUCGUUGGUCUUGUUAGCCGAUCAUUAACUGAUGGCACCAACAAGUCGAAAGAGUGGUGCUCGUAGAGCGGGAGAAGAGGCGGAAGAUAAUAACGCUCAAGAUGAUGCAGCCGACACUUCUUUUGGCAAAGAGCUGGACGCAACGGUACCAGAUGAUAUUCCUGAGGGAGCCCUCAAGUACAAGGACAUUUACGUGCCUCCACCUCCAAUUUCAACCUGCUCAUAUGACAACAAAGGGCCAAGGAUGAUCAUAAAAAAUAUUGUGGUGCACAACUUCAAAAGUUUCCACGGCACCCAUAUCAUUGGCCCUUUUUUCAAGGGAAUGUCCUCUGUCAUCGGACCCAAUGGUAGUGGAAAAAGCAAUGUCUUGGACUCAAUUCUGUUUGUCUUUGGCUACAGAGCCAGCAAAAUCAGAACCAAAAAGGUUUCCAUGCUGAUCCACAACUCAGCCAAGUUUCCCAAUUGCAACAGUUGCACUGUUACAGUCAACUUCGUGCAAAUAUUAGACAAUAACGGACCCCAAGAAGAUGCUCAAGAAAUACCAGGCACAGAGGUAGAGGUAUCCAGGUCUGCUUUCAAAGACAAUUCCUCACACUACACCUUGGAUGGAAAAAGAGUUCAGUUCAAAGACAUUGCGGUCAAGCUGCAGAACCAUGGUGUAGAUCUUACCAAUGGACGAUUCCUCAUUUUGCAGGGUGAAGUUGAGCAAAUUGCCCAAAUGAAACCUAAGGCUGAAAAUGAGAAUGACACUGGAUUGCUAGAGUUCUUGGAAGAGAUAAUUGGAACCCUGCGAUUCAAGGAGCCUCUUGCAAAGGCAACUGUCCUUGAUGCAGAAAUGGAAGAAAACCGAGAAUCCCACAAAGCCAAAGCUGACAAUGCGCAAAUGCAACUUCAAAAUUUGGAAGAAGGCAAAAAUGCAGCUAUCUCUUACUUGGAGGAGGAAAAUAAGUACAACAGAGCUUGGCACUUCAUUGCGCAAAAAAACUGCUACAAAUCUUCAAAGAAGAUUGACCGGAAGGAGGAAAAGCUGAAUGAAAAGAAAGAAGAAUGCAACAAAGUGAAAGAAGAGCUUGCCAGCUUUGAAGAGAAAAGUAAGGAUUUAAGAAACAACAUGAAGCAGAAAGAAGAUGCUAUUAAAGAUUGCAAGGGCCAAAAAGAAGAACUUGACAAAAAGUACAAGGAGAAUGACGCUGAAUUCGCGAAAAUUGCUGCAAACAUGACUGAGAAGAACAAUAGGCGAAAGAAGAUGGGUGAUACUAUCAAGAACGAAAGAAAGAAGCUGGAGGAAAUGGAAGGACUUCCUGAGAAAAAUCAGAAAGAUAUCCAGGAUUUGGAGAAAAACAUCACGCGGCAUGAAAGUGAGAAAGUAGAGCUUGAAAAGAAAUUGAUGGACGCUACUGAAACACUUCAGCAGCAAGUUCAAGAGCCACAAGACCAGCUAGUCGGUCUGGAAAAAGAGUUAGCUGGCCUUUCAAAAACAAAGGAAGAAAAAGCUGCAACUUUGCAAAUUGCUCAGUCUAAGUUGGACUUGGCUACUAAAUCCGAAAACCAGGAUAAAGAAAAGCUGGAUGGAUUGAGGAACUCUCUUGACGCAACCACCAAUGGCUUGAAAGAGAAGCAACAGCGAUUGGAAGCGGUUAAAGCUGAAAUUCCGGGUAUAAAAUCAGAGUUGCUAGGGGUUAAAGAAAAACUUGGUACUGAGAAAAACGACAGGGCUCAAACCGAGCAGAAAUUAGCCCAGGCUAAGGUUGAGCUUGAUGGCGCCCGCACCGCUGCCAGACUUGCCACCAGCAACAACCGGGUUGUAAAUGCCCUUAAAGAGGAAUGUUCUGCUGGCAGGAUCCCUGGAGUGUAUGGUCGUCUUGGAGACUUAGGUGCCAUUUCUGCCCAAUAUGACUGCGCCAUCACGUCUGUUUGUGGAUAUUUGAACCAUAUUUUGGUUGAUAGUGUUCAAACCAGCGCUAAAUGCAUGCAAUUUCUGCGAUCGGCAAACUUGGGAAAAGCUAGUUUCAUCGCUUUAGACCAACAGCAGAAAUUUGCUAACACCAUGAAACAGCGAUAUGACGCUCCCGAGAAUGUGCCUCGUCUCUUUGAUUUGAUCAAGGUUGAAGACGAAAGGGUCCUCCCUGCCUUCUACUUUGCUGUAAGAGACACUCUGGUCGCGAAUGACCUCAAUCAGGCAACCAGGAUUGCACUUGGGGCAGUGCGUCGUAAGGUUGUUGACUUGAAAGGCAACAUUGUUGAUCCAGGCGGCGCUAUGACUGGAGGAGGAAAGGCAAGGCGUGGUGGCAUGGGCCAAAAGGUUACCGCCGGACUUGUGGAAGAGACUCAAGUUGACUAUACGCCUCAGCUGAAGCAAUCCAUUGAAGAGCUGGAAAGCAGGAUCAGAAAGCUGACUCCAAGCAUUGCAGCUUUGGAGAAGCAAGAGGGUAAACUGCAGAACAAGUUAGUGGAGCUUGAAACUGAGAACAAGCGUCUGCACAUGGACAUUCAGCACCUGUCUAAGAACAUUCCAGCCUUAGAGCAACAAAUUAAAAUCCAGCAAGAUAAAGUGAACAAAAAUGUCACUGAUCAAGCUGAAGUUACAAAAUUGGAGACAGAACUCAAGAAGGCUAAGAAAGACAUGGAAACUGCAAGCUCUGCAGCUAAAGAUGUUGAAUCCGAAGUUGACAGUCUCCGCAAGCAAAUUGAAAACAUAAGAAAUAGCACAGUGGGUGGCUUAGGCAACAAGGUAAAAGAGCUGGGCAAGAAAAUAAGCAAGGCACAAGCAGACAGGACUAAAUUGGCUGCUGCGAUCGCAUCCAAUGAGAGAAACAUGGAAAAAUGCCAGAUGAAAAUCACAGACCUUGAGGAGGACAUUGAGAAAAUGAAGCAGGAGCUUCUCCAAAUGAAAGAGCAGAAGGACAAAAUUGCUGCUGACAGCAAAGAGUUGCUCGAGCGGAGAACAGUGCUGGGAGAGAAAGAGAUGCAACUUCAGGAGGAGUAUGAUGCUUUCAAAAAGGAGCUUAAUAAAAAGCAUUCGGAGGAGAAAGACAUCAAGAGUAGGAAAAUUGAUUUGGACAGGGAAUUGGAGAAGCUCACUGAAGAACUUAAUGAGGCCAAAGCUGAACUGAAACGUCACAAGAGCUCUUUCAAGGUGUUGAAAUUAGAAAAUAUUCCUGGGAAAGAACCAGAAAAACCAUUUGAAGAGAUUCCAGUUGAGGAGCUAGAGAACUUUGAUGUGAAAGAUUACAACUACAUUGUGGCCAACUUUGAUGACGUUAUUAAGAAAAACAAACCAAACUUGGACAUCAUCGAUGAGUACCGAGCAAAGGAAACUCAAUUCAUAUCUCUGUGUGAUGCCUUGGAAGAAGCCACUGCCAAAAGAGAUGAAGUGAGGAACUUCUUGAACCAGGUCAAGAAGCAGCGAUACCAAGAGUUCAUGGCUGGCUUCAUGAUCAUCAACCAGAAGUUGAAGGAAGUGUUCCGCAUGAUCUCCAUUGGUGGUGACGCUGAACUUGAGUUGCAGGACACUUUCAAUCCCUUCUUGGAGGGAAUAGCUUUCAGUGUCCGUCCACGCAACAAAGCGUGGACUCAAAUUGAUCGUCUCAGCGGAGGCGAAAAGACGCUAUCUUCGCUUGCUCUGGUUUUCGGGCUUCACUACUUCAAACCCUCUCCAUUUUACAUGAUGGAUGAAAUCGAUGCUGCCCUUGAUACCAGAAAUGUCUCCAUCAUUGGGCAUUAUAUCAAGAAAUUCACAGUCAACUGCCAGUUCAUCGUGAUUUCCCUGAGAGCCGAAAUGUACGAUUUAUUCGAGCGCAGGAUUAUCGGCGUAUUCAAGCCUGAUGGCUGCACCAGGACAGUUGCCAUAGACCCGAGGGAAUUCAGCAAAUCGCAUCUUAAACAGCCGUCGCCGCCACCCAGGAACCAAAAGAAAGCAAAGCCUGCUAGCAAACCUACGGCAGCGGCACCAAGUGCGCCUGCUGACCCCGCUCCAAUGCAACCUCCAACUGCCCCUGCACCACCAAGGAAGUCCAAUCCUGCCAAGAGAAGGCGCUUCAUGAAGCAAACAGACGAGGAAAGCGCCGACGACUCAACAGCCUCAUCUCUACCCGAUUCUCUUGCUGAAGAAAACUUAGGAAGUGAGCUCCAAACCAUACCCGACACCCCAGAGAGAGAGGCUGCUGCUGAAAUGACUAUACCCGAAACUCCUGAAAGUGCUGACGAGGAGGAUGAAGAAGUGGACCCACCAGCAAGUAGUGCUGCAGAGCAAUCUCCUCAAUCAUCUCCUUCUGAGAAAAAACGGCCCCUAAGACGCAAAGCCUCUAAAUCUCCCAUGGCUGAGCCAACAAGAUCGUCAAAAAGAAAUCGAAAAUAGUUCAUCUUGGCUUGUUGAACUUUUAUUGAAAUUACAUUAUUAUUUGUAGUCUGCACUCUUAUGAAUUUUAUCCGAAUAAAAUAUUAAAAACAUUUUGGUAUAGGAAAACUUUUUUUAAAUAUCAAUUAUAUUCCUACAAAAAGGAAAGCUUUUAAGAUGUUUCAUUCAAUAACAUACAUUUAUUUGAUUUUGACACUAAUAACCAUGUCAAGGCGUUUUCUUCUUCAAAAGUAAUAUUUAACAGCAUUUUUAGAUGUAACCAAUAAUGUAAGCUGUUGUACUUAAUGAUUACAAACCGGAUUCCUAUUUUUUAUUCAAGCCUAUUCUACCUGUGUGCUUAUUAAACAACGCAGCUUUUCUACUCUAGGGGAUAUGGAUCAGAGCUGCUUUUACAGACGCUGAAACAUUUGUAAUAAAACUAAAUCUUGU